AAUAAGGACGCAUUUAUAUUGCAGAGCACGCGCUUGGCAGCAGGGAAAGUAAAAGAAAGUGAAAGUGAAUGUCUGUCAACUCAGCUGCUCGGUGACUGUCACACACCAGCUGGACUGAAAAGUUUUGUGGACUUCAGCAGUUUUAUCCUUUGCUUCGUCGAAUUCCUGAAUUCAGUGACGGAGCAGGGAAACGACAAAGCAGCUGAUCAGUCGAUGAUGUAAACGGAGGGACACAAGAAGUGAUCACGACGCCGCUGUCAAAAAGGGGACUAUGGUGCCAUUUUCGGCGUGGAUAGUUUUUCCGAGAUGCAAAAGAAGGUGACGGGACAUGGCGUGAAGUUGUUAUGGUGAACAGCAGGGUGGAGGCGCCCUCAGUGGCAGUGAUGGGCAGCGGCGGGGCGACAGCAGGCAGGUCGUGCGCAGGAUGCGGAGGUCGAAUCGUGGAGCGCUUCCUCCUCUUCACCAUGGAGCAGUACUGGCACACGCGCUGCCUCAAGUGCUCCUGCUGUCACGCUCAGCUGGGCGAAUACAGCAGCACCUGUUUCAGCAAAGGUGGCAUGAUCCUCUGCAGAAACGAUUACAUCAGGCUGUUUGGACACAGCGGAGCUUGCAGUGCAUGUGGACAAUCAAUCCCCGCUAGUGAAAUGGUGAUGCGGGCACAAGGAAACGUUUAUCACCUCAAGUGUUUUAUUUGUGCAACUUGUCGGAACCGCCUGGUCCCCGGGGAUCGCUUUCACUACAUCAACGGAACCAUCUUUUGUGAGCACGAUCGGCCAGGAGAUGGACUGCUUAACGGACACGCCACUCAACUGCAAGCUAACAGUCUGAUGUCCGACCAAAAGGUUUGCUGAGGAAGAGGAAGGAAGGAAAGAAGUGUGCCUUCUCCCUAUAGCCCUCACCUCAGAAGGAGGGAAUGGGCUUCAUUCUGGAUGGUUGGACCACAAGGCUGCCACCUUUCAAGAACUGGCAGUAAAAAGACAAAAACUAACAUUUCAUUAGAGUGAUCACAAUGAAAUCAUCAUGCCUUGUUUUGGGUCAUAAGUAUGGCGACAACACCUAAAUUCUAUUUCUGAAAUGGCAGCAGUGAAACUUUUUUGGGGGGGAAGAAAAUUGUAUAUGUGACUGAAUUGUUUUCUUCUUCUUGAGCCCAACUUAACAUACAAACAUGGACUUUGGCCAAGUGUUCGUCUUUAAUGUUUGGGGUAAAGUGGUGUCUUUUCACAUUACAAACAACAUUCAAGCUUUAAUCUGAUUUCUAUUUCUGUUAACACCAGACACAACAAUUCAGUUUUCUGACCUUUAUCCUUUUCACUGUUGGGCAGUUUCAGUUUGAACAGAUUGCUAUGAAAAUAGAAAAACUGGUUCUUUACUUUUGCCCAUGUAACCAAUUCAUGCAAAAUUCAAACAAUCUCCAAGAAUUA